AUGGAGUUCCCCGUCCUCUCUGUUGCCACAGCCGGUAUCCCCCACAGAGGAUGCCACAGCCGGUAUACCCCACAGAGGUUGCCACAGCCAUUAUCCCCCACAGAGGUUGCCACAGCCGGUAUCCCCCACAGAGGUUACCCCAGCCGGUAUCCCCCACAGAGGUUGCCACAGCCAGUAUCCCCCACAGAGGUUGCCACAGCCGAUAUCCCCCACAGAGGUUACCCCAGCCGGUAUCCCCCACAGAGGUUGCCACAGCCAUUAUCCCCCACAGAGGUUGCCACAGCCGGUAUCCCCCACAGAGGUUACCCCAGCCGGUAUCCCCCACAGAGGUUGCCACAGCCAUUAUCCCCCACAGAGGUUGCCACAGCCGGUAUCCCCCACAGAGGUUGCCACAGCCGGUAUCCCCCACAGAGCUUACCACAGUCAGUUACCCCCACAGAGGAUGCCACAGCCGGCAUCCCCCACAGAGGUUGCCACAGCCGGAUUCCCCCACAGAGGAGGCCACAGCCGGUAUCCCCCACGGAGGUUGCCACAAACGGUAUCCCCCACAGAGGUUGCCACAGCCGGUAUCCCCCACAGAGGUUGCCACAGCCGGUAUCCCCCACAGAGGUUGCCACAGCCGGUGUCCCCCACAGAGGUUGCCACAGCCGGUGUCCCCCACAGAGGAUGCCACAGCCGGUAUCCCCCACAGAGGUUAUCCCAGCCGGUAUCCCCCACAGAGGUUAUCCCAGCCAUUAUCCCCCACAGAGGUUGCCACAGCCGGUAUCCCCCACAGAGCUUACCACAGUCAGUUACCCCCACAGAGGAUGCCACAGCCGGCAUCCCCCACAGAGGUUGCCACAGCCGGAUUCCCCCACAGAGGAGGCCACAGCCGGUGUCCCCCACAGAGGUUACCCCAGCCGGUGUCUCCCACAGAGGAUGCCACAGCCGGUAUCCCCCACAGAGGAUGCCACAGCCGGUAUCCCCCACAGAGGUUGCCACAGCCAGUGUCCCCCACAGAGGAUGCCACAGCCAGUGUCCCCCACAGAGGUUGCCACAAACGGUAUCCCCCACAGAGGGCAACUACACAAUAAGGGCUCUGAUACCUCACAGAUCCACUGUGCAUCUGCCAUCAGAUCCAGUGCGUUGGUCAACAUUCAGAGGGGAUGA